AUGUCAAGUGGCAAGAGGAUCACAGCUAUACGCUUCUUGAGAUACGGGAUUUCUGGACGCAUUGAAGAGGCGGCAACUGUAUGUUCGAGAGAGGUGCGAUCAGAGGAUUCCUGGAGCGAUGAUGUUGUCCUCGAGAUCAUGAGGCUGGCACUCACAUGGUCAGGCCUAAGAAAUAAGUUGAUGGUCGCAAAUCUCAAAUCCGUCGUGGUGGACCAGCCGGCACUCCUUCCCAUCCGGAAUCUUCGACGUGUUGUCUCGAAAAAGAUCGACUACGGCCUGUGUCUGCAACCUGACGCUGAAGAGGAAGCCAUGAUCGAGAACGUUCUUCGAAAUACGAGUGAUGAACUACCUAGCAUCAGUCAAUCAGCUGUCCCCAUCCUUCGCAAACGAGCCCUUUUCUGCAACCUGGAAAUCAAAAAGCCUUAUGGAAAUCAAGACCCUGUACCGCAACUUGGUGUUUGGUCGAUGGCUGGAUUGACGAAACUGUCGAACCUGGCACGAGAGUCUCAGGCCCAUAUGGGCGAAAGUGUCUUCCUCGAAGACCCCGAGAUCACUGUCUUUCACGGACCUUUCUGGAACUACGAUACCGGCUCCAUUAUCGAAAUCAUAUUUAUUGUCAAUGCCUUGUGCGAAAUACUUCGCUGGGGUGAUACGACCUUCCGGACCUGGCUACUGAGCGUUAUAUCUGCACUACAAACAGGUUGA